AGUCCAAGUCCAGAUGGCACUGGCGUCCGUGGUGCAGAAAAUGGGCGUGGCCGUGGCCAAAAUCAAAACAAAUAAAUAAAUUUUGAGUGAAAAUGACAGGAAGCGGCAUGGAGUGGCCCUGGCAAUAUGAUUUUCCACCCUUUUUCACUAUCCAGCCUCAUUCUGAGACAAGAGCAAAGCAACUUUUGGCGUGGCGCAGCUUGGUGUUGGAUUACUUUAAGCAGACAAAGGAGAGCGUCCUGGACGUGCGAGAAGUGCAAAACACUCCUCUUUUCUUCAAUUCCAAAAUCAACCGGAAACUGCCUCAGGAAGGAGUCAUGAUGAUCUUGGCAGAUUUGCAAACGACUGGAAAUGCAGAGCCGUUGGAUAAAACAAAGAAUAGGUGGUUAAUAUUUUGGAGGACUCCAGAGGAAUGGGGAAAACUUUUGUACAAUUGGGCUCAGUCGAGAGGAAUGACAAAUUCAGUUUGUACUUUAUUCGAGCUCGUCGCUGGGGACGAUACAACAGAUGAAGAAUUUUAUGGCCUUGAUAUGGAUGUUGUUGUUAAAGCUAUUCGAACGCUGGAGAUGGAAAAGAAGGCUGAAAUCAUGAUGUUUGACGACAGUCAUGGCGUCAAAUUUUUUUAAAUUGAAAAAAUCCACUAUAUACUGUGAUUAUAUAAUAAUCGUGCUAUACCCUCUGCAGUUUUCAAAUGUUUAUUAUUUAAGUUAAUAAAAGUGCUUUAAGAACUGUAAAUCAAUCACAUAAACAACCUUGUUUAAUU